GGAAAGUUACUGGGAACCACACACCAAACGACUAACAUGGACCUCGCAACUAUCAACAAGGAGAACGUCAAGCUCAUAGUCAGUGACUUGGACGGACCUCUGCUGGAUUCCGCCCAUGAGGUUCCUGGAAAAAUGCGCAAUGCAAUCCUGGCCAUCUCGCAAAUCUCACCCAGAUCUGCCAUUCAUAAUAGACACCGGCAAGCCCUUUGCUGCCACUUCGGAUAUUCAGCGACCUCAACCUGACACCUUUCCACUGCAUCAUCCAAAUGGAUGCCUGAUCUACAGGCCAAACGAUGCGAACGACGGGACAACCCUUGACUGGGCCGAAAACUUGGAAACAGAUUUCGUUAGGCAAGUUGUCCGUGAGAAUCAGAAGAGACAAAUAGGGACAUUCGUUUAUGCUAUGGAUGAGGUGUUUGAGGUCGUGCUUGGCGGUUGCUCUUCCCUACAUAUACAAGUGGAGAAAGAUGUGACGCGACGAAGAGCGCACUUACCUUCCAUACGAUUGCCCAUGCGCUCCUAACAGGCAGGCCAAGCGGCUUUCCUGUCAAACCGUCGCCAGUGGUUGUUUGCACGUAUCUCUCGGGACCGCGAUAUGCAUGCGCAGUCCACUGAAA